GGUCUUCUGCGUAUACUGAUAUAAUGAACUAUUGGUGGGGCGCUAACGAAGGUGCUACCUGGCCUUCAACCACCACCAUCAUAUUGCUUUGGUCGAUGCUAUACCUCCGUAAUCGAAGGCUUUAUAUUAAAAUGCCUUAGGCCUUCGGCUGAAAUUUGCGUUACACUGAUGGCUAAAGGAAAACUGAAAUUGAAACGGACUCCUGCAGAGCAGGCUGCUCACGAUGCUCGGAAGGCACGCAAAGCGGCGCGUAGAGCGGCCAAACGAGCUCAUCAAUCUUCGGACGAGGGACCUUCUGAGUCGUACUCUCAGAAACGUAGACGGGGUUCCACCUAUGAUUCGCCUAUAGACCUGGAGGACGAUGCUUAUGGACCGCCGCCGCCGCCCUCAUCUUCGUCUCAUCGACAUAAAGUAGAUUAUGAUGAGAUUCAAGCUCAGGUAGAGGAGGAGCGAUUCCGAGAGAAACUAUGGGGUGCCUUUGGAGAUGACGAACGGCUUCAUUCAGUCGAGUCUCGUCUGAAUGACUAUGCUCAUAUUCCAAGACGGUGGCGGUCGGGUGGUAUGGAUAGAAUGGAGGAUGACUACAACAUUGAUCCUGCGAACAUGGAAGACGAAGAUUAUGCAGAAUGGAUUAGAGCUGGGAUGUGGAGGAAGAAACACGCGGAAGAGUACGCCGAACAAGCUCGCCAAGAAGCUGCGCGUGCGGCACGCCUGGAACGAGAGAAGACCAUGCGUGAGGAGACGAAGAGACUGGAGCGGGAAGCCGAGAAACAGCGUCGACUUCAGCGACAUGAACGGCAUGAGAAACAUUGGAUGGAAGCUAGAUUGCACUAUGAGAAGCAGUGGAAGCUCUUACUUUCCGGCGAAGGCGCACAGGCUGAGCUCCGGUUCGAAGACAUCCCUUGGCCCGUUUUCGUGGUCGACGUCGGGCCUUCUCCUGACAAGAAGGGCAAGCGUCCGGCUACAGAGCCUCAUGUCGAUGUCGAGGACAUCACAGUGGAGGCGGUUUCCAGGUUUCUGCUGUCUACGACACGAUCCGACGAACACGGAAUGGUUCCUACUGACGAAGAUGGGAAGAAGGAGCGGCGGGAUAAGCUUCGCGAGACGAUGUUACGUUUUCAUCCCGACAAGUUUGAGGGGAGGAUUCUAUCCCGUGUUCGAUUGGAGGAUAGAGAAAAGGUUCAAGAGGGCGUCCGCAAGGUUGCGAUCGCGUUGAAUAGACUCAUGGAAGCGAAAUGACUAGGCACGGGAGGGCCACGAACGUAUUCAGAAUCAAUGUCGUCUUGGCGGUUCUGCACCGGCUCAUUUAUCAUCUGUGUAUGGUCGCACAGUCCUGCCCCGCGCCUCCUGCAUAUACGU